AUGGCACCUUCAUAUGUUUUUGGAUUUCUGCGUGGGGCGUCUAUAUGUAUGCGUUCCCAUCCUGCUAUUAUUAGGGCUAGAAUGCCUGCAGGUUUGAGAACCAUGGCAACGAAUAAACCAGUUGAUUCCCUCUUUAGCGAUUUGACAUCUUCGGUUGACAAGAAGAGGGCUGCAGGUAAGGAGACCGCCAACAACAACGUUGCAGUUGCAGAAGAAGGGGAUUCUGGAGUGAUACAGUAUGUCGAGCCGGAAAAAGAUAGCAAAUUACAGGAAUUUUUGAAUCCAGAACCGUUGAUUUCGGUUGACACUUUACUUACUCCAUUAAAGAAGGAGAUCUAUUUAGCUAAUGUUGCAAAGAAUGGCUUUUUCAAGAAUAUGGAUUUGGUGAAACUAAAGGAUGAUAAUUCGUAUACUCUGAAUUUGUCCCAAAAGGAAAUUGAGGCUUUGGAACCUUCAAUUUAUCUGAGAUCUUGGAGAAUCAAAGGUUCGAUCAAAAAAACCAACAUUGUCUUAAGGGCGUUGAAGAACUUACCUUUGAAGAAGGCUAUCACCCAGUUGCAUUUCAUGGAAAAGAAGGUUGCUAGGGAUUUAUCCGAAAUGCUAGAGAGAGGAGUUGAGGAUGCUCAGAAGAUGAAUUAUGAUGUCGACGACUUAUACGUUGCAGAGUCCUGGGUUCACACCGACGGCCAUUGGAUGAAGAGAGUGGAUUGUAAAGGUAGAGGUAGAGCUGGUGUUAUGACUUUCAAAUGGGUCAGUGUGAGAUUCUUGUUGAAGACUAAGCAAACGCAACGGAGACUGAAAUAUUUGGCAAGCCAAAGAGCUAACAAUAAAGAUGUUAGAACUUUUGUCUCCAAGGGUAAGAUCAGAGGUAACGCACCUGGCUUCUACAGAUGGUAA